GCUUUAGCACUACUUCAAAUAUUCCAUAUCACGAAGCAAACACCGAGAUCAGCUGAGAUAUACCUUACCCGGCGAGAAGAAAAAGUGAAAAGUGAGGCAAUUGGACCUUGGUCUUAUUGGAGUUGUGACAGUCAAGACAAAGCCGACCUACCGGAGAACGAUGACUCGUCGGUAGGGUGUUGCACUAUUUGCCUUCUUUUUAUUUCUCCGAAAUUUCUACCUGUCACAUUUUGACAGUCGCAAAUGACCCAUGGCAACGGAUGAUCCCCUAAACGUUGUCGCCUUGGUAUCUGGAGGAAAGGAUAGUUUCUACUCUAUUCUCCACUGCCUGGCUAAUGGACAUCGCGUCAUAGCACUGGCUAAUCUCCAUCCGCCGCCUAAAUCUGGCAGUACUAGUAUACGAACUACUGUCAGAUCUGAAGAUGAAGAUGGAUCCAGAGCCGAAAUUGGCAACACUAUUAGCAAUCUUGCUGCCAUACGGAUCUCUCCCAGCGAUCAUGUUGUUGCCCAACCGCAGCACGGCUCACUCACAGGACCAAGAGCUGAUCACGAUAGCCAAGAUGAAGACGAGAUCGACUUGAAUAGUUUCAUGUACCAGACCGUGGGCCACCAGGUAAUCCCUCUUUAUGCCCAAGCCACAGGGUUACCUCUGUUUCGCCAGGCUAUCCUUGGUACAGCCGUAGAUAGUGGCACAAGUUACAAAGACCCUGACGGUCAUCACGAGGAAGAGGAUGAGACGGAGUCCUUAGUCCCGCUCCUUCGUGCUGUCCUCAAGGCUCAUCCGGAGGUUAACGCCCUGUGCUCGGGCGCAAUACUAUCGACGUACCAGCGAACUCGUGUUGAGUCCGUCGCCCUACGUCUCGGCUUAAUUCCGCUGGCGUAUCUAUGGCAGUACCCUGAGCUUCCGCAUUCUUCCGCUUCCACUACUACUUCUGCAUUCCCCACAAAUACUCUUCAACCUGCGGCAUGUACCGAUGACGCGCAGCUACUUCGUGACAUGGCUGCCGCAGGGCUGGUAGCACGUGUCGUGAAGGUGGCUAGCGCUGGUUUAGGAGAAGAGUUCCUGUGGGAGAAUGUUGCUAGCGAUACCGGCAUAUCACGUAUCCGCCGCGCACUCCGGCGUUUCGGUGGUGACGGCGGACGGGGUGCCGUGCUCGGCGAGGGAGGCGAGUUUGAGACGCUCGUCGUAGAUGGGCCGCCAACGCUGUUUAAGGGCCGCAUCGUUGUAUGCGACAACGACAAGAGGGUUGUACGUGAAGGAGGCGGUAGUGCUUGGUUGAGUAUUCGCGAGGCUCAAGUUGAGGCGAAACCGGAAGCCGAAAUGGUAUCCAAGACAGAAGGCCAAGGCGUCCGUAUUCCAGACCUGCUUGAUCCGAAGUUCGAAAAUAUACUCGGUUCGUUACGUAGCAAAUUCUUGGGAUACGAACAUGGUAGUAUCAGCCCUCACGAAAUCGGCCAGCGGCCAUCUUUCCUUUCCCUCAAGCUUACUAGCUCUAUUAGCCAAGACUGGUACCACGCUGGUCGCACCGGAGAUAUUGAAGUCCAGGCAGCCCAAAUUGUGGAUGAGGUGCGUCAAAGACUACGCGAAUACUCAUUAUCGCCAACCGCAAUCACCAACUCAAUUAUUGUAUUACGGCGAAUGGCAGACUUCCCAAUUGUCAACAAGCUUUACGGGGCACUUUUCAGGGAGCCCAAUCCACCGGCCCGAGUCACUAUAUCCUGCGGCGACUUCCUGCUGCCUCGAGAUGCCGAUAUAACCAUUCUCCUCGCGGUGCAACCUCGGAUGAAGCAGGGAGAUAGACGCGGUUUGCAUGUACAAUCUCGGUCAUACUGGGCACCCGCAAACAUCGGCCCUUAUAGCCAAGCCAUCACAUACCCGCUCCUACCAAUCGACAAAGAUAACAGUAAUGAUAAUGACGUAAAUUCGAACUUGCCCGUCGCGGUAUCUAUUGCAGGCCAGAUACCCUUGGUACCUGCAUCCAUGAGCCUAACCCCCAUGUCACCGGGCGAUAAUGAUAAUAUCCGCCUACAAAUUACUCUGGCGCUACAACAUCUCUGGCGUGUGGGCGCCGAGAUGCAGGUCCAAUGGUGGAGUAGUGCCGUGGCAUACUUUCCGCGCUCAACUACUACUUCAUACACAAAACAUCGUGCUUUGCUUGCCGCAAGUGCUUGGAGAGCCGCACAUGCGAUGCCAUCUUCUGCUUCGAGUGAUGCAGAAGACGGUCCGGACUUGUGGGAUCAAAAGUACAAUCCUUUAUACAUGACUUAUGGCAAUAGCGGCGAUACUUGUACCGCAAAGCCAGGGCUCCCAGAUUGGGAGGUGUUGAAGGACUUUGACCCCGACUCAUAUUCGGAAGGCGGUCUAUCACAAAGAGCACUUCCGUUCGUCUUCUCAGCCGAAGUCGAGGAGCUACCAAGAUCCGCUGGUGUCGAGUGGCACGCGCAUCUGGGAUUCGCGAACGUGGGCUUUGGAGAUGUACGGCUGUACUCAUCUCACGGCUCAGACAAAGACAAACAUACGACAAUGCACAGCGUUGUCGUUGAGUCGCCUUCUGGCGACGUGUUCGUCCAGACUAUCGCGGCGUACCAGAACAGCGAAGCAGCUCAUAGCGGGGUAGGAGUUCGUGGAACGCAGCAUAUUUUGAGGGUGGUAGGUCAAAUACUACAAACAAGUGAUCGUCCACAACUGGGAUUUAUCGAGUUAAAUCCAAAGCUCACGUACGUCAACUCCGAGUCUUUUGACCUACUUGGAGAUGCGGGUUCUUUGCUCGGGAAGGGAGCAAUUAUCCCGUGUAGGUCGCUGUGGGAUUCCGCUGCGCAGAAGCUGGAUAUGGUGGUGAUACUAGAGAGUAGAUGGGGGAAAAGAACUCAUGAAAGCUAAAGUUUGUUUACGGGUAGGAAAACACGUACAAGAGGAAGAUAAAGUAAACGGUCUUGUCGAGUGGCUAUAUGUAUAUUAUGAGUAUUUAUAUCGUCAU